CCUCAUAAAUCCUUCUCUCCCCCUCCGGUUCAAGAACUCAACUCCCCCACCUUCUUUAAGAGAGAAAUAUACAUCAUCAUCAUCAUGCCGGACGUCUUCGCCGUUCAAGUCUUCUUCAUCAUGUUUCGAGAAACCCUCGAGGCCUCGAUCAUGGUUUCCGUGCUGCUGGCGUUCCUGCGCCAAUGUCUGGGCCAGCCGCACCAAGAUCAAGCUAUGUACAAAAAGCUUGUCCGUCAUGUCUGGCUUGGCUCGAUCUCGGGGGUUGUCAUCUGCUUGAUUAUCGGAGGGGCCUUUAUCGGGGUGUUCUAUGGUCUUGGUCAUGAUCUCUGGGCCAAUUCAGAGGAUAUCUGGGAAGGCGUUUUCUACCUCGUCGCUACCAUCAUCGUCACCAUCAUGGGUCUGGCCCUGCUCCGCAUCAACAAAUCCAAGGAGCAGUGGCGUAUUAAGAUCGCCAAGGCCCUGCUGGACAACCAUACGCAUGGGAAAAAGUCGCGUUUACUGGGCGACUGGGCUCGACGCUACUCCAUGUUCCUGCUGCCGUUUAUUACCACCCUGCGCGAGGGUCUGGAAGCUGUGGUCUUCGUCGGUGGCGUGUCUCUCGGGUACUCUGCGUCUGCGUUCCCGCUGCCCGUGUUCACCGGAUUCCUCGCGGGAUUCCUGGUCGGAUACCUCCUCUAUCGUGGCGGCAAUGCCAUGUCCAUCCAGAUCUUCCUCAUCGCCUCGACUUGCGUCCUCUACCUGAUCGCCGCGGGCAUGUUCUCUCGCUCCAUCUGGAGCUUUCAGUUCUACGCCUUCCAGCUGAAAGUCGGGAGUGACGUGGCCGAGGCAGGAGACGGCCCCGGCUCGUAUAACAUCCGCCAGACCGUCUGGCAUGUCAACUGCUGCAACCCGGAGAUUGACAACGGAUGGGAUGUGUUCAAUGCUAUCCUGGGCUGGCAAAACACCGGCACCUAUGGAUCCGUCAUUUCGUAUAAUGUCUACUGGAUCUUCAUCACCCUCUCCGUCGCGUAUCUGCUGUACGAGGAGCGCAACGGCAUGGUUACCUUCAAGGAGCGCAUGCUGCGCACGGUCAGUCGCAUCCCGGGGUUCAAGGGCUAUGCGGAGAAGAAACUGGCCGUGAUGCGAGAGCGACCGGACGAGAUUGUCCAGCAGGUUCACAGUGGAAUUUUUGACCAGGCCGUGCAGAUUGAAAUGACUCCUGCAAAAUAAUUUAUUAUUUUUUUGAUUUAGUCUAUCUAUCUAUAUAUAUAUAUACGAUGUGCUGUCGAUCUUUUCUAGAUAAUGUUUAGGCAAGAUAUACCCAUAACCCUUGAAUCAAUCGCAUCCAUCCAAAAUGUGAG